AUAACACUUCACUCACUAAAAAACCACCACCACCACCACUGCUCCCUUCACAACAGUGGGCACCGCCAAAGUUUGAACUCGUCAGAGGCACACCCAUCCACUUUUCGGGUCCAAGGGCUCCUUUCUAAUGAAGGUGAAAAGGGCAGAAACUUGUACCCAAUAAACAGUUUUUUUUACUCCGUCACAUUUUCCUUUUCCAUUCUAUACUUUCCAAAAACUGUCCAAGACCACACCCAUAAUGAAGCGGAACCACCCAGAUCAAAAUGUUUCGUCAUCUCCACUGCAGUCUGACUCUGACGAGGAAGAGUACGAGGAAAUGUCGACCCAAAAAUUGAAAAAGAUGAUUAAUGAGGGUGGACUUUCUCCGACCACGAAGGACAACUCUUGACAAUUUUUGUCAAGAAAGUUGAUGAAAGAGAUGCAAAGUUAGAUAAACUUCUUCAAGCUGGGCCGUCGUCGACUACUACUGCUGCUGCUGUCCCAACGUCCCGGUUGAGAGCAAUAAUGGAGGCAGUUAAAGAACGGAUUUUAUUUAAAGGAAAGGAUGAGGAUUUGCUUCACGACCCUCAGUUCAAAGUAGCGAUGGAGUCUGUUGAGAGGAAUCCGAUUUCAGCAGUGUUCCAAGGCGUCACUCUCCGUGCAUUAUGGGACAAGAAACGGUCAAGGUUUGGAUACCAUGACCCUACUCCACACGAUAAUCAACCGUCUGGGAGGAAGAAUUAUAAAUGCCAAUUGGAUUCUUGUUGGAUUGACGAGGCGUCUCCAGCAUGGAAUUACUGUACAACACAUUCUCCAACACAUGUGUAUUUUGUUAGGGACAUUAAAUCUGGUGUCACAGCCUUCUGCGUAAUCACCCCACCGCAAAAGAUUAAUGGACACACGGACAAGGAGUUGAAUAUAUAUUCAAAAUCUAAAACUGCCAAAGCUAAGUCUCAAUCCCUGGUCAACUACUUGAAGACCAACAACAACGCUGUUCUUCGGUCAUUCGCCAAAUUGAUUUACUCCACAGAGAACAUACUAGCAGGAGAGGGAAAUCAUCACAAUAUGGUCGCACUGAGUAUGAUGAUAAUGUUAUACAACUCAGUUUGUGGUGAUAAUAACAGAGUCAAGUUAAUCAACCAAGAGAUUACAUUCCGCAACAAUGAUGGAUGUCAAAAGGAUUUUUUUGAGAAGUUGCGACGAGUGUUUGAAAUCAACGAUUUCCGUUUCAAGGUUACUGGAGAAAAGAAGUCCACCACCGUCCUGCCGAAGUCUCUUCUUCCAACAAUCUCCUAUCCAAAUCUACCGAGCUCCUACCUCGCAAGGGACACUAACACGGGUGAAAUGUACUCUGGCGUAAAGUGGAGUAUGGUGAAAAGAACAGGUGACGGAUCAGGAGGACACUCGAGAGCCAAGAAGACAGGGCUGUCUGAUUUCGACAAAAGCCAUAUCAAAAGGAUCUACCAAUUUGCUCAUCCCCAGGCUGGCGUCAUCGAGGAAAAUAGAAGUUACACCCGGUUGACGAAGGAGGAGAAAAUUAUUCAUGAUGAAAUGAAGGAACCAGCGCAGCGGAUCGAAACACUUGGUCACAUGGCGUCAAUACUCGCCCACAUGCUCGGUUUGAAAGUCAAUGGCCAUGAAAUUAUAUUUUUAUGCCAAAAGUUUCCUCAUUUCGAUGAUUCGUUUUCAAAAUCUAUGUUUGAUGAUGUAUUCGGAUACUUAUAUGGUGAAGUUUUAGAAGUAGAAAUCCCAACGGUGAUUCCAAUUAAUGAUGGGAAUAUCAUUUGGAAGUUUGUUAAGUAGGAUAAUGUUCUUAAAAACUGUUAUUGCUAAACUUUCGUAACCCCCCUUAAAAAUUGUUUCUUACCGUUUUAAAACCUGUUUUUACCAUUUGUUCAAGGUUGUUUUCUCUUUACCACAUUUGAUAAUAAUUUGUGCUGUUGUUUGAAUAAAGUAUAUCUUACUUACGUCUCGCA